ACAGGAUUUAGUGCUCAGAAUAAAGGAUGGGGCGCCGAACUUUCGCAAGCCUAUGCGAGAAAGCUGGACGUCUAUAAUAGGGGAUUUUCAGGUUAUAAUACCGAAUGGGCAAAAGAAUUGCUUGCUCAAUUACUCCCCAAAGAACAAUCACAGUAUCCAAAUGGACCAAAAAUUGUUUUAAUGACAAUCUUCUUUGGUGCCAAUGAUUCUGUCAUGGAAUCCUUUAAUCAGCGCGUGGAGCUUGACAGGUACAAAGAAAAUCUGAUUCAAAUGGUCAAUAUGGUAAAGCAUCCCAACUCCCAAUCUCCCGAUCACUUCCAAACUCGGGUUAUACUCAUCACGCCCCCACCCCUUGACGAAGAAGCGUGGAGAAUUGCCCGGGGUAAUGUAUUGGACAGGAAAUCUGAUCUCACUAGACAAUAUGCGUUAGCUUGUGUACAGGUGGCGCAAGAGUUGGACGUGCCGGUGAUUCUCUUUAAAGAAUUGAUGAGGGUCAUUCUCGCGAACUGGCCAGAAUUGGACCCCGCAAAACUUCCUCUGAUUCAACCCGACUGGCAAGACGUCAAUGUUGAAUGUGACAAGAAAAUAUUUGAGUUCAACGGUGAAUUCAUUUACAACCGAUUCAAGUAA